AUGUCAACAGCUGAGUUUACGAGACGUCAAAAUUCGCAAGCAAAGCAGUCGGCGAGUCUGAUUAGAACACGUCAGUAAUUUAGCUUUAUAAUAAACGUGUUGAAUGAGAAAUAAUUCUUAUCCAUUUUAUAUAUCGAGUUUAAGUUGUGCCUGCUGUGCGUAUUGAAUUCACCAGUGUUGUGUUUCGAGAAAGCUCUUCGAUCGAUAAAGGGCUGUGUCAACAUGCGAAGCGGAAGAAAAAAUGUAAUAAACAUGAUAUUCGCCCUCAUGAUAUUGCCUCUCGCGUAUUGCAGUGUACAGCCGCCUGUAGUGAACCCUGACAUUUUAACGCAGUCUAAGAACCUUGGAGAGUGUCAGGCUUGUAAAUUAUUCGUAGACUCAUUCAAGAAAGGUUUAGAACGAACUGCUAGGGGUAAAUACGAGGGAGGCGACGCGGCGUGGGAGGAAGAGAAACUGAAGCUGUCGUACAAGCGAAGCGAGAUGAGGUUAAUUGAUAUACAAGAAGGGCUGUGUAAAGAGGGCAAAAACUCGAUCCAGUGUCAUCAUAUGGCUGAAAAAGCUGAAGAAUUCAUUGAAACAUGGUGGGCACAAGACCCAGAUGAGUCUGCUGACUUAUAUACCUACAUCUGCAUAGAAAAAAUGCAAGUUUGUUGUCCAAAACACCAUUUCGGCAAAGACUGUACUCCUUGCCCUGGUGAUCAUGAGAAAUUAUGCAGCGGCAAUGGCAAAUGUCGAGGUGAUGGGACCAGGAAGGGAAAUGGAACCUGCUUGUGUGACGCUGGAUACACGGGCGACAACUGUGAUCAAUGUAUGACUGGGUAUUAUUUGUCAUACAAGGAUGACACAAAGAUGUUGUGUUCUCCGUGCCAUGUGUCUUGUAUGGGUGGUUGUCGGGCAGGCUCACAGAAAGACUGUGUGGCGUGCAAGGCAGGCUUUACAUUUGACUCAGACGAAGGGUGCCUGGAUGUCAAUGAAUGUGAUGAUGUGAAUAAAUGUAAUAAAGACCAAUUUUGCCUGAACUCCAUUGGGUCGUUUACUUGUAUGUCGUGUGAUAAGUCCUGUGAUACCUGCCACGGUGAUGGGCCGGACAUGUGCAGGAAGUGUGCCAAAGGAUACUCCAAGAAGGGAGAGUUCUGUAUAGCCGAUAGGGAAGACGAGGACCAAUCUGAGAAGCUCACUACUACAAGGUACAUGACAUAUGUGGGUCUGCUGAUUGCGACGGGCAUACUCCUGCCCAGGUCUACCUCUUUGGGCAGUAUUGUGGGAGCCAUGGUGUUAUCCUACAUACUAGGAGCCGAGUAUUACUGUAUGAUAAACGGACAUACAGGAUUAGUCGAUCUGAGGCAUUUCGACUUAGCUCGAAUGUUUCAUACUUAGAGAAUUUUUCUAAUUUAAGUUUUGGCAGAAAUAGCAUAUUGUAUUGGGAUUAUUUAUGUUUCUAGGCAGCAGUAAUUAAUGGAUCAUAGUUUAAUAGCCCAAAAUUUUACCUACUUUAUGAUUUAUGAUUAAAACUUUAUCAAGUUGAUAAUUUACUGGGUAAAAACUAAUUUGGAUUUAAUUGUACACUAUAAAUAUACUCCAAUAUGCUGUGUAUAUUUCUGCCAAGAGUAACAGUGAAAUAAGUUAACACGAAAUUAAUAUUUAUUUGUAACUUUGUAAGCAAUUAAACUAACUAAAUGAGUGAAGUUUCAUCAGUGAGAAUAUUUAAUAAGGUUUUAACUUUUUAAUGUUUGUUUUUAAUUUUUUAAGUUUGUAAUAAAACUGCUAAGUCAUAGGUAAUUUUAUGAAAUUAAAUAGUAUUAAUUAAUUAAUCAUGUUAAAAGCAUUUGGUAAACUGCAAUAACUACCAACUACCAUAAUGUAAGUAAGAAAUCUAUUUUUCACAGAUCAUCAAUGUCAGAAUUAUUUUAAUGUUUUUUUUUGACGUCGUUUUUGUUCAUUCCAUCCAUGUGUAACGCAAUUAUUAUGAACAGCUGUUUUUAUUUAUUUAUGAAAUAAAAUAAUUUUAAAUCUCAAUUUUUGUAUGACGGGGUACAGUGUAUUUAACUGAUUGCUCAUAUGAUGUGUUGUUAAAUAAGUCACCGAUAUUGUUUGUAAAUACCUCAUUUGUUGUGUUAUUAUUAAGGAUAUACGUUUUAUAAUUGAAUUAUGUUUAUGUCGGUAAAUAGACUCUUGUAUGCAGUGGUAAAAAGGUGUCUUAUUGAUUUUUGCGGCGAAAAGUAUACAUAGUCCAAUUAUUUUACCUUAUCCAUAUUAUUUUUUGUUGAGAGAAGAAAAAUAAACAUCUACAUUCAUUGAUGCUUUUUUUUACAAAAAGCCCGCCAUAAUAUGACGUUUAAUUUUGUCAUAGACAAUUCCUGUUUUCUUUUUCUCUACAAUAAAUUGUGCAAGAUAUCGUUGGCCACGUCCUGUCCGCGGCGGAUACUGACCUAUUGUAUACAAGAGCCUUAAACCGCGACUCAAACAGAUUAGCAGUAUUGAAUGAACGUAAACGCAAUCAUUACAACUCCGUUGGUUUCUUUUGUAAAAAUAAAUGGUUUUACAUUA